AUGCUAAAGAAAUUCAAGGUGGAUGAUUUGAAGAGUAUUGGAACUCCUAUGAGCUCCACCAUCAAGUUGGAAAAGGAUGAAAAAGUUAAAGAUGUUGAUCAAAAGCUAUUUAGAGGUAUGAUUGGCUCACUUUUAUAUUUAACUGCAUCUAGACCCAACAUUCGUUUUAGUGUGUUUUUGUUUGCUCGGUUUCAAUCAUGUCCCAAGGAAUCUCAUCUAAUUGCUAUUAAAAGGAUUUUCAAAUGCCUUAUUGGUACACACUCAAUUGGAUUAUGGUAUCCUAAAUGCGACACAUUUGAUCUAGUUGGAUAUAGUGAUUCUGACUUUGCUGGAACUCUUUCUACUGCUGAAGCAGAAUACAUUGUUGUAGGAAGUUGUGUUGCUCAAAUUCUGUGGAUGAAGCAACAAUUAGAAGAUUUUGGUAUAAAGGAUGAUCAUGUUCCUAUAAGGAUUAGAAGGGAACAUGGCAUGAGUGAAGCUAUUGAAUGA